GCCGCGUCUAACGUUGAUGCGUGUCUUCAGAGGUGGCCGGGUUUUGCUUUUAAGGAGUAACUUUGCUGGAGGGUACACAGUAUUCGGUAUUCUUUGCAAACUCUGCGAUGGGAGUCGGUUCAGCAAAUCUAGAUCAACUGACCUUACUUCCUCAGUGGAAAUUGAGUCACUAUGAUGUGGUGGUUGGUGUGCUGUCUGCUUGCAAUAACCAUGAACUUCGCAACGUUAUAAGAAGUAUGUGGCUGAAGCACUCACUACAGCAUCCGGCACUGAGCCAGCGUGUGCUUGUGAAGUUUGUAAUAGGUGCUCGUGGCUGCCAAGUGCCUGUGGAAGACAGGGAGGAUCCUUACUCCUGCAGACUCCUAAACAUCACCAACCUAGUUUUGAAUCAGGAAAUUGAAGCAUUCAGUCUUUCCGAAGACACUUCAUCAGGGCUCUCUGAGGACCGAGUUGUCAGCGUGAGCUUCCGCGUUCUGUAUCCAAUCAUUAUUACCAGUCUCGGGGUGUUUUAUGAUGCCAGCGAUGGGGGUUUCCAGAGGAACAUCACCAUCAAGCUUUGCCAGGCAGAUCAGGAUGAGGUCCUCUUUGUCGCUCGCUUCAGCCCUCCGAGCUGUGGGGUGCAGGUGAACAAGCUGUGGUACAAGCCUGUGGAGCAGUUCAUCUUACCAGAGAGCUUUGAAGGUACGAUCGUGUGGGAGAGCCAAGACCUCCAAGGCCUGGUGUCCAGGAACCUCCACAGGGUGGCAGUAAAUGAUGGAGGAGGGGUUCUCAGAGUCCUUACGGUGAGUCAGUCCUUUGUGUGA